AUGACAUCACUCCCAGGAAGUGAAAUCGUCACGCCUCUCCAGGAGUGCGCCCAGGAGGCGCCCAGGAGGCCCGUUCCAGCACUUUUUAUGCCACUGACCAGGGCCAGCGCCUCCAUUGAGGCAACCCUGGCGAUCGCCUUCAGCGCUGAGGAGCCAGAGGGGGUGCCGGGGCCGGGGGGGCGCACCGUGGAGCUGGUGGCAGCCGUGGACAAAUGGGCCGAGAAGGAGGCCAAGCUGAGAAGAACCCUCAAGCAGGUUCUGGAUGGUGACGUCCUUUGGAGCAACCCCCUGGAACCGGUGACCUUGCCCCAGGCUGACUGCCUGCUCGACGUAGAAUGCCUGGAGGCUGCCUGCAAGGACCUCAGCGCCUUGCGGGCUGCUCUGAAGAACAUCAGCUCCCUGCUGAAGCUCGGGGGAACCCUGGUGUCGGCUGGGGUUUUGGGGUGCAGUUUCUACAUGGUCGGCCCCCGCAAGUUCUCCUUCUUGGUCUUGACCGAGGAGAUCCUGAGAGAUGCUCUCAACACAAGUGGAUUUGCUGUUGUGGAGUUUCAGUCAGAGCCCAGAUUUACCAAGAAUAUGUUUAACCUCUGUGAUUACUCUGGUAAAUAUUUCUUCAUUGCCCGCAAAGAGAAGGAGGCAUAAAACAAUGAGGGAGCAAAAGGGGUAGAUUUGUAUCCCCAAAGGGAUCAAAACAGCUUAAGUAGUUGACCUUAGAUUUGGGGAGGCCCAAGGGCCAA